AUGGCCGCUGCUAGUGUUCCGAGGUUUUCCCGUUCAGUAUACGCAGACGCACUUUGGCAGAUCCUAUCACUUGAUGAGUCGGAUGCAGGGGAAGGAGUGUUUACCAUCCUCAACGUCAAGAACUCAUUCCUUCAAGUAGAUGUGGGACGCGCGCUGAAGAAGUCCGCUUCGUUCCCCAGCUUCGACAUGGACCGAGAGCGGACUGAAAUACGAAACCAGGCUGCCGUUUUGGUACAGUCGCUGAAGUCUCCGGGGUCACAGGACGUUUGCCGUUGCCGCGACGACGGAGCAGAAUGUCAGAGCCAACAGACCACCGAAAAGAGCACCGAUGCUGCCAGUGGAGGCUUCCCAGAAUCUGGGCCAGAUCAUCCCGACGUUUCCGCAAAGGACGAUCAGGUCGCCCAGAGCAUGACGCAGACAUCUCUUGUCCUGCGCAACAUUCCAGGUGAUUACACCAGACAAGCUUUGCUCGAUCUCUUCCGAAAGCUGCACAUCCUCGAAUUCGUGAACUUCCUGUACUUCCCGAUUCGUGGGCGUGACGGCUUCUCUUUGGGCUAUGCCUUCGUCAACGUGCCGCUCGGCCUUCACAUCAGCCGUUCAGCAAUUCGGGGGAGGCAGAGUCCAAAGCCGAUCACGCAAUUUGCUCCAUAG